AUGUCCGAAGAAGCUGUCCACGUUAUGCUGGCGUACGAAGACCCCUCCGACCAAAGAUCCCUCUCCCCGGACUACUCGAGCAGUGCCGAGGAAUCACACGAAAAAACCGAACUGCCUCUGGACUUGGCAGACGAUCCCGUACCGUACGUCGGCCAAAGGUUCCCCUCUCAAGAUGCCGCUUACGAAUUUUACAGUGAGUUCGCCAGGCGGUGUGGUUUCUCCAUUAGGCGCCACCGCACGGAAGGCAAGGAUGGUAUCGGAAAAGGCCUAAUGAGACGCUACUUCGUGUGCCACCGUGCCGGCAACACGCCCGCCAAGGCUCCGAACGAGAAGAAGGCCCAAAGGAAUAGAAAGUCUUCCCGGUGUGGGUGCCAGGCGUACAUGCGGAUAAGCAAGUCUGCCGAGAUGGGAGUGCCCGAGUGGAGAAUCACGGGCUUCGCGAACCACCACAAUCACGAGCUUCUGGAGAUGCACCAGGUCCGUUUCUUGCCUGCAUACCGGACAAUAUCAGAGUCUGACAAGAACCGAAUUCUCAUGUUCGCCAAGACUGGGAUCUCCGUGCAGCAGAUGAUGAGGCUUCUGGAGCUUGAGAAGUGUGUGGAGCCCGGGUACCUGCCCUUCACCGAGAAGGAUGUCAGGAAUUUGCUUCAGUCUCUUAGGAAGGUAGAGCCAGAGGAUGAUGGUGUGGAUUUGAUCAGGAUGUGUAGGAAUAUUAAGGAUAGAGAUCCCAAUUUUAGAUUUGAUUACACGGUAGAUUGCAGUGGGAGGUUGGAGAACGUUGCGUGGUCGUAUGCCUCGUCUGUCCAGUCUUACGAGGUUUUCGGGGAUGCUGUGGUGUUUGACACGACUCACAGACUGACGGCUUUUGACAUGCCUCUUGGGAUAUGGGUCGGGGUGAACAAUUACGGGAUGCCCUGCUUCUUUGGCUGUGUGCUACUACGUGAGGAGAACCUCAGGUCGUUUUCUUGGGCUCUGAAGGCUUUCUUAGGAUUUAUGAAUGGGAAAUCCCCGCAAACAAUAUUGACGGACCAAAAUAUGUGCCUGAAAGAAGCAAUAGGACUAGAGAUACCCGCCACAAAACAUGCACUUUGCAUAUGGCUUAUCGUGGCCAAAUUCCCUUCAUGGUUCAAUGCUGUCCUUGGAGAACGCUACAACGAGUGGAAGGCCGAGUUUUACCGACUAUAUAAUCUGGAGACAAGUGAAGAUUUUGAAUUGGGCUGGCGGGACAUGGUGAACGCCUUUGGUCUGCACACGAACAGGCACAUAGCCAACUUAUACGCCUUACGACCAAUGUGGGCUCUACCAUACCUGAGAAAUCAUUUCUUUGCAGGGAUGACGGCUCCUGGACAGUCCAAGUCCAUCAAUGCUUUUAUUCAACGGUUUUUGAGUGCUCAAACUCGUGUUGCGCAUUUCGUGGAACAAGUGGCUGUGGCCGUAGAUUUCCGGGACCAGGCGGGUGAACAACAGACAAUGCAGCAGAACAUCCAAAACAUCAACCUAAAAACCCACACCCCAAUGGAAUCCCACGCAGCCUCCAUCCUGACCCCUCACGCCUUCUCCAAGCUCCAGGAGCAGCUCGUCAUGGCAGCCCACUACGCAUCCUACCCGGCACCCGACGGCACCUCAUUCCUUGUCCGCCACCACGCCAAGCCCGAGGGGCCAGGCCGGAGAGUCUACUGGGCCCCACGCACCACCACACUGGAAUGCAGCUGCCGCCUGUUUGAGUUCUCGGGAGUGCUGUGCUGCCACGCCCUCCGGGUGCUGUCGGCCGGCAACUGCUUCCAGAUCCCGGACAGGUACCUCCCGCUGAGGUGGCGGAGGGUGGUGAACGUGGGCCCGCCAGGUGGCGGAAGGAGGAACAGCGAGCAUGCGGAGAGGGUGGAGGUGCUCAAGGGAAUGGUGUCGGCACUCGUGGCCGAAUCGGCAAAAUCGAGGGAGCGAUUGGAUCUCGCGACCGAGCAGGUCUCAGUUAUUUUGUCCCGGGUUAGGGAGCUACCCGUUUCGAAUUUCCCGACCCAGAGGAGUCUUGUCUGA